GCAGCCUCUUUUUUUUUGUCGAGCGAAGCUACGCGAUAAUGGCGAUGUACUCGUCGUGACAAUUCACGCCCGUGUCAAUUCGCUGCCCUGGUGUAAUCAAAAUGGCGGCAAAACUUCAGAUACACACGCCAUACGUGCUCCAGGCACUUCCGCGCCCGCUUGACGGCCCAGAUGGCUCGGGUCGCUACCUCGCCGGAGACGUUUUCGGUCAGAAACAGGACGACAAGCGGCGCAAGAGGACGGAGCUCGCCGUAGCGAUUGACGGCGUUGCGGUAUAUCUAUACGAUAUCAUCUCCUCCCAAGCUGUUACAUCGUAUCUCGUUUCACCUCAGUCCGUUUUCACCUGCGCGCCGUAUUCCCUGCGUUGGCGACCGGCAUCGUCCAAGACGGCCACACGUUAUACCUAUGUUUCACUUUUGACGGGCGACGCCUCCUCGUCUUCCUCGAAGCGGGAGAUCAAGCUGUUCAAGGAGACCUCCGGAGCAGGGACGACAACUGCGACUCCCGUUUCCCAUACCCUCCGCUGCGAUGCGCCCAUUGUCCACAUUUUCGCCAGCUCGCCACGGAGUUCGAAAACAAAUCCUGCGACCGACGAAUCAUCAAAUCACGAUCUGGUUGCCUUGGCUGCUGACGGCACCAUCUUGUGUUUGAAUGGGGAAACACUCGAGGAGAGGUGGCAGGUGCCAUCGUCCGUGCUAUCAAAAGAACUCCUUCUGGGUUCAAAGUCGGAGCUUCGUAUUGACUUUGCCCAGCCUACACUGGCGGCGGACGUGGUUGAUGGGAUGUUUGAUGGCAAAAACGAACUCUUUGGUGUCUUCCAAGAGAAGAUCCACCGCGAUGGUUUCAACCCAGACUUUCUAAUCGUGAUUACCUCGGACAAUUUAUCUCAGAGGCGGCACUUGCACGUCCUUGCAUUGCCCUCGGAGAGGGAGGCACAGCAGACGAGCAACGAGCGUCUCAUUUCGGUAUUCGCCGCUCCGCUUCCAGUCGAAGUAGAUUGCGCAAAAUAUCAGCUCGAUGUCAGGUCCGGGACACUACAAACGCUGUCUGGGGGCACGAUUUCCACCUAUGGCUUUAGCAACGGCAUACCCCGACUCGAAAACAAGCUUCAAGUCCCAGGUCUAACUUCGUUUCUCCGACUAUCGAAGACAUCGGUCCUCACAGCGGCCGCCGAUGGCUUCUCGGUUUACAACCCGAUCUACCGGUCGCUCCAGGCCAGCACCCCCGCCGACACCGAGGCAUCAGGAGAUGUGGCAGGGACAUUCGAAUUCGUUACCUAUCUCGCCAGCCGGGAGAUCGCCGUCUGUCUGCGUGGGCCAAAUCUCACCGCCGUCCAGAUCGAGGCGCCGAAGAACCGGACUACUAAGCGUCGCGCAGAAGGCUUGCUGACGGAUGCAAUCCGUCGCGGCAUCUCUCGAGAUAUCUCCGGUCAAAAGCGAGUCCGAGCGGACCACCCCGUCUCUGCCGUUCUCGCGGAGCCUGGACCUGGUUCGACGGAAGCGUCAUGGCCGGAAUGGCAGAGCAAAUCCGCGCAAGCAGACGAGCUUCUCCACAACAACGACCUCCGCUCUUGGGAAGAGCUUUUAGCAGAUGUUCUCAAGGUCCCAAUCAAGUCAAGCGAGUCUGAAACCGAAAAAGGGGCGCUGACGAACGGAACUGCUUCUCCGACGCACCUCCCAGAGUGGGAAUGGCCAUCGUCAAGGGCCGAGUAUCCGCGCGUUGAUAGGCGUUGGGUCUUCUAUGCCAUUAACAAAACCUUUGCUUGGAACGAACAGAGCGAUGACUCGAAUGCCUCACGGUUGGCAUGCCGCUUCCCAGACAGCAACGUCCUGAGCUAUCUCGUGGAUGCCGGGCACUUGUCGACACCAAACAUCAAAUCGGCGUUCAAGGACGAGGUUCGGGAGGUGAAUGAGGCUGAAGAAAUCAUCGGGGCGGAAAUACCCGUUCUGCUAGCCGAGGCCGAUCCCACAAUGCAGCUCCUCUUGGGGUACCUCUCGGGGACGCAGCUCGGGUCGACGGAGCUGGUUUCUUCCAUCAAGCUUCUACUCCGCAGCCUAGGCUUGUUUGAAGAUUCCUCGAAGAUCCUGAUGCGGCUCACAGAGAACGGUGAAGAGGCACACGGGCAAGGAAAUGAAGAAAUCACUAUGGAGUUGGACCGGGCAGAGGAGGAGUUGCAAAUCACGGAACACUACUUGGGCGGGCAUCGGACGAGAGGUUUAGGGGUUGCUUUCAGCAAAUUGGCGGCGUGCCCUGCGGUGGCGACGGUUCAGAGCCUUCGCCGUCUCUUCAAACCCGAAGAAACCAUCGGCUUGAUGAAUGUGUUGCGGGCUGAGCUCAUCAAGGACGGUUGGACUACACGCUAUCUCGACCGAACCGGGGCCGACCAGGGAGAGAUCGAAGCGCCCCCCGACGGGAGCAUCCAGCUCAUCGCAGACCUCAUGUCUAGAUGCAUUGACUCCGUGGGCCUGGGCGGGUGGAUGGCUUCCGACACCAUGCUCGCAAGCUCACGCAGCCAGGAAGACUCGGCCGAUUUCUUUAGCCAGUUCCAGGCUGAAGUCAGCGUGGCCCUGGAAGGUAUCAUGGAGGCUGUGCAUCUGCAAGGGGCGCUGGCGGAGACAGUCAGCUACGCAAAAAGGGCGAGGAAGGCGCUUGCGGGUUCGGCAAAGACCAAGACCGUGUCUCUGCCCAUGACCGAGGAACUGCCACUGGGGCUCAAGACGGACACCCGGGUUUCUACGGAGAGGGUCAGGUCCGGCGGCGAGAUCGUCCCUCGGAGCAGCAGACAGGUCGGCCAUUUCGUCAGCAAGAAGCGGGGAAUUUACUCGGUGCAUCGGAUAUCGGAGGAGACACUGCAGGGUGGAGCUGGCGCCACUGUUGUUCAGGAAGCCCGCUGAGCUUGCCGACAGAGGAUUGGAACUGGAGACUGGAGAGGCUCGAUGUAAUGCAUGUUGGAUUAUCUUGGCUGUGGAUAGCGUAUGCAAUCUUGUGGUUAUGACCAUGUC